CUAUGUUUGCGUUCGCUGGCUCUCUCGACGACGGAGAAGGAAGGAAAGCAGAUUAGAGCGCGCGCGAAGGAAGGGGAAACGCGAAGAAACGCGCGCGAGGAAGAAGCCGUCGCUAGGAGGGUGGGAAGCGAGUCCGGGCUUUGCUUGUCAAACGAUCCGGGAGAUCGCGCUCGCGUCACUUUCGGCUCCGUUCGACUCCAAGCCGCGGGCAGAGCUCUCAGUUGACGCUCAGUUCGGCUCAGCGAGGCCAGCAAGAAGAAAGGGGGUUAUUCCAUGUGUGCGAGCGUCGUGCGUGUGUGUAUCGACGCACGAUCCUCGGGCACCGGAGCUACCUGCUGAAAAUUCUUUUGAUUACCGAGGGGUGAUUCUACCUGACUGACUCGAAAGCCAUGCGAGAGAUAAAAGGAUUUCGGUCCGAUCAGGAAUACGCUCUCUCUCCUUAGAAACUUCGGACUUUGACGCGCGACGACUCCGAUUCUACGACUUUGAUUUAUUCGCGAUUCUACGUCGCUAGUGUACGGGUUUCGUGAUCGAAGAGACUGCAACGUAUUACAUCUGUGCGGAACUUUAAUAAAGUGCACGCGAAAUUUCUUCGCGAUGGGAAUGACAGUAAAAUGUGACAGAUACAGGGCGACAUACGACCUGUGUAUAGUCGGUCGUGGGACGAUGAUAGCGCAAUUAGUGGCGCAGUGAGUUGGCCCGCCGUGAGAGAUCGACGAUUGCCAAGUGUACCGAUUUGGUGUAUGUUACAAACGCGCGCUAUAAUUUUCAACGUUUCUGUCUUAACACUAAAGCGCGGCGAUUGCCGCUCCGAACUUUUGUCGAAUAAUGCACUCUUUAUAAAUCGCGCUGUGUCAUUUGUUUUCGUUUCAAUCUACAUCCUGCAUCGUUGGAUCGACCGAUUGGACUUCCGCAUCUAAUAUCGCUCGACGACCUGUUAACCGAUCCACAUCGACGACGUUCGCACGUGGCUCGUUUGCCGCUGUCACAUCGAUCAUCCUGCUCGUCGUUGCCGUCCUCGUCGUCGUCGUCAACGUCGUCAUCGCCGCGCGUGGACCUUUUGUCGGCGGAUUCGCCACGCACUUUAUCGCGCCUCCGUCUAUCCGUUCGUGCCUCUCCGCUUCUCCGUCCCGCGUUUACCCCUCCACCUGUCUGCUGCGGCGCUGCACACCCUCUCUCCCGCCGCCCAACCCCUCAUCGGACGACGCGCGUACCCGCACGAUUUUCCCUAUCCCCACCCGUCUCUCUCUCCUGCUCCUCGCGCGUCACCGCGUCAUCUUCUGCACACGCUGCUUUCUUUAUUUACUCCGUGAAUUCACGGAUCAACGUAACCUGUCCGUUCACGAUGAGCGCUCCUUCUCUCGCUUCUUCGUGAAAAUCCUCAUCACCCAUCUUUAUCACAUUUUCUGCUGUGAAACCUGUUUGCGAUCUACGUUAUUCUCCUUUCAAUUAAUAUUCCAAAUAUUGAAAAAAAAAAAAAUUAUCCGUAAUUUUCCACUCCACUCUUACGUUGUUCCUUGGAUCAUGAUGACCACGCGGCGACUCUCGUAUCUUGGGUGAACUUUAAUCGACUUGUGCUCUACGCAUCGCCCGGACCGGCUGCGAUAAUCACCGGACUCUUACGGCGGUCCACGCUGAUCGACGCCGACAUCGGCAUAAAUAUUGUUAUAACACCGGCAAUAAACCGUCAUCAUCUGCACCAUCGCCGAUCACGUGGCUUGCUCGACGGCGACGCUGUACGAUAAUGUUCACGCCGCGCCGCUAUGUGGCUCCGGCGUGGGCCACCCUGGCUCGGUCACGCCGAUGGGAGCAGCAACCGGAGCGGGGAAUUCCACCGGGGUGACCUGGUGGGCCAUGAUGAACGGUUCCCUCUACGAGGACAGCCCGCCGCCAGUUCCACCGACAGCCUCGACCCUCGUAUCGAUUCAACAGCAAGCCACCUCAACGCCUCAUCAGCAAGCGACAACGCCGACUUCACCUGGUGCACCGGUGUCAUCGGCAACGACAGCGCCACCGGCGCCGACAGCGAGUGCAAGUUCAACCUCGCCGAGCGCUUCCUCGGUAGCGAGCAACAGCGCGGCCGGACCACUUCACAUACCCGCCAAGAGAUUAACAGCUACACCGGGCGGCGGUGGUUCCACUUACGGAGAAGUCGGCUGCGUGGAGGCUACAGGCGCGCCGGGCGGCGCGGGCGCGGCGGGCGUGAUACGGCACUCUCACUCGUCCUCGGCGGGAUCUCAAGGCGGCUGGAGUUAUAGUCCGCAUCAUCCUCAGGACUCCCACUACUCGUCCACGGCGGGCGAAUCGUUGAACCAUCAUCAGGCAUACGGGGGUAACAAUCCCCCCACGUAUUACAACCUGGCGGCCGAUCCCACCUCGACCUCCGGUUCCUCCAGGGACAACCGGAAGGCUGGCAUUAGCUUUUGGUCGCCCGCGGCCGCUACCGCUGGAUCUGCUGGUACCGCCGGUUCUACCUCGGAUUACAAGUCCUACAACUCGGCCGGCGCGGCCACGACCUCCUCGUCCACCGGUGGAUCCAGCGCUGGUGCUACUGGCGCCGCCGAUCCGGCCGUGUCGUCUUGUCAUCAGAGCUUCUCUCAGAGCUGGUGCAAUUACGCGCCGUACACAACGGCGAGGCAUCAUCAUUCGGUCGACACGGCCGGACAUCAUCAUCCUCAUUCACAGGCGGGGGUACCGUAUCUGACGCCGUCCGCGGCGGACGAUCGCGGCAGGGUCGCCGCUGCUAUGGUCGCCGCGGAAGGUGCUUUCCCUCACGAUGGAUACGGCGGUCUGAGAAACUACGGAGCGCCGGAACCCGUUACUUCGAGCCCCUAUCCACCUCCAGGUUCGCUUGCGGGUGUAGGCGUCGGGGUUGGCGUAGCCGGGAUGGGAGUCGGAUGCGGCAGCUCCAAUCCCUUGGAGUGGACCGGACAGGUGACAGUGCGGAAGAAACGCAAGCCUUACUCGAAGUUCCAGACCCUCGAGCUCGAGAAGGAGUUUCUUUUCAACGCCUACGUGUCGAAGCAAAAACGAUGGGAGCUCGCGCGCAAUCUGAAUCUCACCGAGCGCCAAGUUAAGAUCUGGUUUCAAAAUCGUCGGAUGAAGAACAAGAAGAACAGUCAGCGGCAGUCGCAGCAGCAGAACAACAACAAUAACAAUAGCAGCAGCGCUAAUAAUGCAAAUCACCAUGCGGCAACCGGCAGUCACCACCAUCCGAGCACCGCGCACGCACCACCCUCGAGUCACCACGUGGUAGCGCAGGCGCAUCACGCGAACGGCUCCACGAAACAUCAUCACAGCGGUGGCAGCCACGGGGGCAGCCAUAGCAGCCUGGUAGCAGGUCAUAGCCAUAGCCUCCACGCGCCGCAGUCUCAGACGCCGCUGCCGCCGAUUCACGUGUCGUCGUCGGGCACCGUGACGCCCGCCACGGCCGUAGUCCAUCCACACACACACGCGCACGCACACACCGGCAGCCACCAUCAUCAGCUGGCGCACGUGGCACAGCAGUAUCCUGCGCUUUUACAUCAGACGCCUCACGGCUUGGCCGCCUGAACGCACUGGACGCCCCAGAGAAAAUCCCAUCGAGACGCCUCGCGGAGAACCGCGGCGAUUCCAUAAUACCGUCGAUCAAUAUCUACGUCCACGGGAACGAUGAAAAAAUCCUCAUGGACUCUGUCGAGCAGCCGUUUAAAGACUGCCCCUACUAAGGAAAGAUAAAGCUCGCGCGUAGUAUAUUAUUAAUUAUUAAUUAUUAUUAUUAUAUAUUAAUUAUUAUUAUUAUUAUUCGACAAGCGAAGAUUUCGCUAAUGUAUAAAAAGGGCGCGUUUGAGGCCACUGCUUCAAAAAACGGCCCGAAGACUCUCUUUUCGAACAUCGGUGCCCGAUGCCUGUAUUACGCGAGUAAUACGCGUCAUCGUGCGACACCAAGCAAUCUGUCCAAUUCGUAAUUCGGUAGUAUUUUCUCCAGUUAUAUAUAUAUGCAUAAAGUAAAGAGGUAAUUAAUGUCACUUAGUGUACCCCUACUCCUCCCACCGCCCCAAAGCCCCCUCUCUUUCCCCGCUCCAGUCGCAUCGUGUGUUUACUUCGUCUUUACAUUGCCGAACCCGGCUCGGCACAUUGGAGAUUGGAAUGUAUCGUUGCAGCUAAUCCGGCGCUGAUCCAAUCAGACACCAUUGAUUUUACAGUUAGGCCUGGAUGGUCCGUCGAGAAUCGCAGGUUGUAAAGUGGAUGGGUCGCUUUUAGGGGUAAGUGGACUCACUGAUCUCGAGUAAGUGCAUGUGCAUCCUUAAAUUAACCUUUCACUUCAACGCUCGCGUUUAAGAUUUACAAAUCUUAUCGAGUACGACUAACACUAAAGAACUAGUAUUAGCAAAAAUUUUUUGUGGAACGUUAUUCGCGCUUGUAUUUAUUUUUUAUGUCAUUUCGAAGCAAAUUAUCGUAAGAAUUUCAUUAACAAAUUGAUUAGUGGUAAAUAUCUUUUUCUUAAUAUACGAUAGUUUUACAAUAUUUGAUUCAGACUUCAAUCAUUGUCGAUAAAUGCCAUGCUUAUCUAAACACUUGCUGUGUAGUCCACAUUUAUUGGAAUGCGUAUUAUCUACAAUGAUGAUUCUCGACAGAGGAGGAAGGUCAGAAUAGUUCGCAAUUUAUAUAAAUGCCUUCUUCCUUCGCUAUUCAGUUACUUGUCUGCUGUAAUUAAAAAAAAGGGUGUACUAAAUUAUGAAGUCAACGUAGAACACGAGCGUAUUCGGAAAAAAUUAGCUAGUUACGUCCACGAUGUUGUACUAAUUGCCUACCAAGGAUCGCAAAUUAGUACCUAUAAUUCUUGUAUUGUAUUGAAAAAAAAAAAACAAUUUAUGUUAAAAGCAUACCUAGUAGUCAGACUAGUGAGUGGUCGAGUGGUGUACCGUUCUAGGCUGAGUUUGGGAUCUUCAUAAAAUUACGAUGUUAUGCAGGGUCAAAGAUUGUGCGCUCAGUAUUUUCAUGCCCGCGCGGGCGAAAUUCUUGCCGUGAAAGGAAUAAAAGGGUUGUGGUACUUAAUGAGCUAAAUAACUUUGUCAAUUGUUGAUGAUAAUUUAAUUGUAUUAUUUUUAUUGAUUGUGGUAUAUAUCAGUAAAACGUGGUGAAAGCUUUUGUCUUGUUGUGUUGCUGAAAAAUCGAUAUCGAAAGUUUUCUUAAUAAAUUUUUAUGUUUAAAAAAUAUUUUUUUAUUAUGUCAUGUCAUUGGGUGUCCCAAAUAUUUAUCUUCGAUAACUGGACGUGAAUUUGCUUAAUUGACGAUUAUUGAUUAUUAGUAUUUUAUUAAAGAAUUUGUAAGCGAUCGAUUAAUCUUUUUCUUAUUGAUUUUGUUUU